UUUUUUUCUAGUCUCUUCCCAGCGUGCCCUGUGACGGCAGCGCUCACUGCGCAUGCGCGCACAAUCAUAAAUAUGCGCGCUGCCUAACAGACAGUCGACAGCAAAUCAGCUGGAGCAAUAUGACUGUCUAGUUUCUUUCUGUCCUUUCUUGUGCUGUUUGUCGCGUGAGGUCAGAGGUCAUGGCUGCUGAUUGUGGCGUGUUCGUGGACUGGUCUCAGAUGGGUGAUGUGAGUCGCGACGCGGCUCCCGGUAAGAUCGAAUAUAAAGACUUAAAGGAGCUAAAGCAGCACGCCCGCUCGGGCCAGUGGGCCAAAAAUCACAGCCAGCGCUCGGCCGUUUACCAGCAGCUGCUCAAAGUGCUCCCGUGUCGCACCGUCACACCGGACGCCGCGGUCUACCGCGAUAUCGUAGGCAGUUCUAACAGCAAGCGCAUCUCAUCCACUCACCAGCUGCCUGAGUUCGUGGACGGGGUGGCAGUGCCAUGCUACAGUCUAAAGCCCGAAUCUGUGGGGUCGGUGCAUGCUGUUCUAUCCUGCAUCGCAGGGCAGUUCCCGGAUAUCUCGUAUUGCCCGUCUUUACCAGCGGUGACUGCGCUGCUGCUGCACUGGAGUGCUGAUGAAGCGCAGUGCUUCGAGAGCGUCAGCCGCAUGCUGGCCUGCAACGAACCCGGGCGCCGUUUAUUAGAUCAGACUUUCCUCGCAUAUCAAUCGGCCAGCAUGACCUUCGGCGACCUCGUGCAUAAAUACUGCCCGGCCGCGCAUAAGCUGAUGGUGGCCACUGCGACAGACGUCCUGGAGGUUUACUCCGACUGGCAGCGAUGGGUUUUGGGCGACCUGCCUUUUAGCUUCGCUGCGCGUGUGAUGGAUGUUUACUUGGUGGAGGGGUAUAAGGUCCUUUACCGUGUGGCACUGGCGAUAUUGAAGUUCUACCGCAAGCAGCGCAGCGCUGCAACAAGCUCGGCUUUAACCAAACAGGACUCGGUGGCAGUCAGGAUCGAUAUCCAGGCGUUCGUGCAGAACAUCGGGAAAAGUGUGACUCCAGACAAGCUGCUGGAAAAGGCCUUUUCCAUCCGUCUGUUCAGCCGGAAAGAGAUCACACUGCUGCAGCUGGCCAAUGAGAAAUCACUCCAGCAGAAAGGCAUCACCGUCAAACAGAAGAGACAAAAUGUCCAGUUAGCAGUGAAUGCUGAUAAUUUCAGCUCGGAAAUCGUCAGCGCGAAAGAGAUCAGAGACAUCUGGUCGUGGAUCCCGGAGCGUUUCGCUUUAUGUCAGCCGCAGCUUCUCUUCACCACAUCUACACACGGCUGCAGCCUCAACAGGUUUUAUUCUCAUUGUGAGGGAUAUGAGCCGACACUGAUGCUCAUCAGGACUACAGACGGAGAGGUGUGUGGAGCCUUCCUGUCCACUGAUUGGGAGGAGCGGAAGAGGGGCGGGAACAAGUCCAGCUUCUUUGGCACCGGAGAGUGUUUCGUCUUCAGAAUGAAGCCGGAGAUGGAGCGUUAUGAGUGGGUGGUUAUCAAACACCCGGAGCUGGUGAACACGGCUCAGUCCGCAGACAAUGAACAGAACAGUGCCAAUAACAACGAUGAUGCAGCUCAGUCUCUAGAGGAGCCCACAGCAGAUGCGUCUCAGCUGUCGCCCUUCCUGUCCACACGACACUUCAACCUCAACUCAACCAACACCUCCAUGUUCAUGGCGGGAAACGUCGACUCCAUCAUUAUCGGAGGUGGUGAAGGUAAUGCUCUGUACAUCGACUCGGAGCUGAACCACGGCCGAACCGAGCGCUGCCUGACCUUCGACAACCCACCGCUGUGUGCCGAGAGCUUCCAGAUCGCUCUUCUGGAGGUGUGGGGCUUCAGAGACGCCAUGGCUUCAUAAGAGCAGCUCUCCACGACUGCAGAUGCUGACAGAUGCUGUGGCUGUAAG